GGCGAGGAGGUGGCGGCAGCGGCACAGGACCGUCCGAGACUCUCGCCGCAGGCAGCUGGCCCUCAAGGUCAACCAACCCCGAGUGUCGUGUAACAUGUGCUGCGGCGAGCCCUUCUAGCGGUCGAGGCCAUGCCGCAGCGCAGGUACCCUGGACCUUCCACAGCUGCCAGGCUGUCACGACAGUGACGCCCGACAUGCUGCUGAGCGGCUGGUCGCUCUGCCUGGUCCUGGGCACGGUGCUGGCGCGGAAUGGCAACUGGACUCGGCUCGGGGGCGACCGCCAGCGACGCUACGUGCGCUUCCCCCCCGGGGAACGCCACGUGUACCCCAGGCCGCCGCCUGCAGCCUACUACCAGGCCGGCGGUGCAGGGCCUUACCGGCACGGCGCCUGGCUGCCGCUGCGACACAAGCCACCCGUGAUGGGACACCGGAGUCCUCGACUGGUGUUCCGCGACCCAGAUGUUCCUGGCACGCUGCAUGCCUCUUCUCAGUUGCACGGCCUGCAGGACCUUCUGGACGAAGACCCCAGAGGGUGUGGUGUGUCCAUUGGGAAGCUGGGGCCCUCCCUCGGUGCGCAGAGGAGAAUUGUGGGCGGAGACGAGGCUGGCUUCGGCAGCUUUCCCUGGCAGGCGUACAUUCGCAUCGGCUCCAGCAGAUGUGGCGGUUCGCUGAUAAACAGAUACCACGUGGUCACGGCUGGUCACUGUGUCGCCAGGGCGGCGGCGCGCCAGGUGCAGGUGACGCUCGGCGACUACGUCAUCAACUCGGCGGUGGAACCAUUGCCCGCCUACACAUUCGGCGUGCGCGAGAUACGUGUGCACCCGUACUUCAAGUUCACGCCACAGGCCGACCGCUACGACGUGGCAGUGCUGAAGCUGGACCGUCCUGUGCAGUUCAUGCCGCACAUCGCGCCUAUCUGCCUGCCUGAGAAGAACGAGGACUUCCUGGGCCAGUAUGGCUGGGCGGCGGGCUGGGGAGCGCUGCAGGCAGGCUCCAGACUGCGGCCCAAGACGCUGCAAGCCGUGGAUGUGCCUGUGAUCGACAACCGGCUGUGCGAGCGCUGGCACAAGUCAAACGGCAUCAACGUCGUCAUCUAUGAAGAGAUGAUGUGCGCCGGAUAUCGCGGCGGAGGCAAGGAUUCUUGUCAGGGUGAUUCUGGUGGCCCGCUGAUGAUGGAGAAGUCCGGCCGCUGGUUCCUCAUCGGCAUCGUGUCAGCAGGCUACUCGUGUGCGCAGCGCGGCCAGCCAGGCAUCUACCACCGCGUGGCACACACUGCCGACUGGAUAUCCUAUGUGGCGGGCUCGUAGCACCCCCCAGUGCCUGUCUCAGCCACUCGAGCCAGCCAGGCAUCUACCACCGCGUGGCACACACUGCCGACUGGAUAUCCUAUGUGGUGGGCUCGUAGCACCCCCCAGUGCCUGCCUCAGCCACUGCCUCAGCCACUCGAGCCAGCCAGGCAUCUACCACCGCGUGGCACACACUGCCGACUGGAUAUCCUAUGUGGUGGGCUCGUAGCACCCCCCAGUGCCUGCCUCAGCCACUGCCUCAGCCACUCGAGCCAGCCAGGCAUCUACCACCGCGUGGCACACACUGCCGACUGGAUAUCCUAUGUGGUGGGCUCGUAGCAGCCCCCAGUGCCUGCCUCAGUCACUGCCUCAGCCACUCGAGCCAGUCAGGCAUCUACCACCGCGUGGCACACACUGCCGACUGGAUAUCCUAUGUGGUGGGCUCGUAGCACCCCCCAGUGCCUGCCUCAGCCACUGCCUCAGCCACUCGAGCCAGCCAGGCAUCUACCACCGCGUGGCACACACUGCCGACUGGAUAUCCUAUGUGGUGGGCUCGUAGCAGCCCCCAGUGCCUGCCUCAGCCACUGCCUCAGCCACUCGAGCCAGUCAGGCAUCUACCACCGCGUGGCACACACUGCCGACUGGAUAUCCUAUGUGGUGGGCUCGUAGCAGCCCCCAGUGCCUGCCUCAGCCACUGCCUCAGCCACUCGAGCCAGCCAGGCAUCUACCACCGCGUGGCACACACUGCCGACUGGAUAUCCUAUGUGGUGGGCUCGUAGCAGCCCCCAGUGCCUGCCUCAGCCACUGCCUCAGCCACUCGAGCCAGCCAGGCAUCUACCACCGCGUGGCACACACUGCCGACUGGAUAUCCUAUGUGGUGGGCUCGUAGCAGCCCCCAGUGCCUGCCUCAGCCACUGCCUCAGCCACUCGAGCCAGCCAGGCAUCUACCACCGCGUGGCACACACUGCCGACUGGAUAUCCUAUGUGGUGGGCUCGUAGCACCCCCCAGUGCCUGCCUCAGCCACUGCCUCAGCCACUCGAGCCAGCCAGGCAUCUACCACCGCGUGGCACACACUGCCGACUGGAUAUCCUAUGUGGUGGGCUCGUAGCACCCCCCAGUGCCUGCCUCAGCCACUGCCUCAGCCACUCGAGCCAGUCAGGCAUCUACCACCGCGUGGCACACACUGCCGACUGGAUAUCCUAUGUGGUGGGCUCGUAGCACCCCCCAGUGCCUGCCUCAGCCACUGCCUCAGCCACUCGAGCCAGUCAGGCAUCUACCACCGCGUGGCACACACUGCCGACUGGAUAUCCUAUGUGGUGGGCUCGUAGCACCCCCCAGUGCCUGCCUCAGCCACUGCCUCAGCCACUCGAGCCAGCCAGGCAUCUACCACCGCGUGGCACACACUGCCGACUGGAUAUCCUAUGUGGUGGGCUCGUAGCACCCCCCAGUGCCUGCCUCAGCCACUGCCUCAGCCACUCGAGCCAGUCAGGCAUCUACCACCGCGUGGCACACACUGCCGACUGGAUAUCCUAUGUGGUGGGCUCGUAGCACCCCCCAGUGCCUGCCUCAGCCACUGCCUCAGCCACUCGAGCCAGUCAGGCAUCUACCACCGCGUGGCACACACUGCCGACUGGAUAUCCUAUGUGGUGGGCUCGUAGCACCCCCCAGUGCCUGCCUCAGCCACUGCCUCAGCCACUCGAGCCAGUCAGGCAUCUACCACCGCGUGGCACACACUGCCGACUGGAUAUCCUAUGUGGUGGGCUCGUAGCACCCCCCAGUGCCUGCCUCAGCCACUGCCUCAGCCACUCGAGCCAGUCAGGCAUCUACCACCGCGUGGCACACACUGCCGACUGGAUAUCCUAUGUGGUGGGCUCGUAGCACCCCCCAGUGCCUGCCUCAGCCACUGCCUCAGCCACUCGAGCCAGCCAGGCAUCUACCAUAAAGUGGUGCAAACCAUGGCCACGUUGUCUGGCGAAUUCUAAAAUACUUGUAACCUUCGGGGCCUAUCAGCCACCAACCACAGAUUUGAUUGGAAGAUUCGAGCCUCUACCAGAAGACACUGGUACAGAAUAUGAAGCACGAAGCCAUCACCGCGGUGCAUUCUGGACCAGGAUGCCCCAUGUGGCCAGUUUGUGUCCAGUCCCUAGGGAUGCAGCAAGGAGGACCACCAGGCACUCCACAACACUCUGCGCACUCUGCGCACUCUGCGCACUCUGCCCACGCAGCACUGGCCCGCAGCCUCUGCCAGAAGACAGCGGUCCCGUAACUCGAACUUUUUGCUAAAACCCCACUCAGCUUAUUGCAAGUUGUGUUCGUCGUCUACUGUUGCUUCUGUUACCGUGUAUUCAUGCCGUGCAUCAGGUAUCAGUGAUUUCCCAAAAGAGUGGCACAAUUUAUUAUCAACGAAGUGUUAAUUAACGUGAAUUCGAUCGGUUCAAAUAAUGAACUUACAAAAAAACAGAUACUGAUAUCGACUCAGUUGUACAAUUUAUUUCAUCUGAAAAACCUAUAACUUUAUACACAAAAAGUGAGAAAAUUUUGAUGUGUAUGGACAGAACAACAAAAGUGUCAUUUUACUCACAAUUUUGAGAAAAUUCACAAUCAUUGACGUCAGUGCAUUAAAUUUCGUCAAAGUGAUAUAAUUUGGUUGUAAGUUACCACCUCACACAAAGUAUUAAAAAAUAAAUAUUUUAUAAUGUGACCCUUACCCAAUUAUGUCUAUAAACGAAAUAAAUUCUAUGUAAUAGUAGUUAUCUAAAAUUCAAUUAUGUUAUUAUGUUUUUAUCUCAUUAUAAGGUAACUGAAAAUUUACAAUAUAAACACAACAUAAUUAUUUUUAAAAUUAUUUCAACAUAUAAUAAAUUUAUGGCAUUUCUUUCGCCCCUGAAUAUUAAUUUUAUAAAUGAUAUAACUUGAACAAAAAGUAUAAAUUUGUAAUUAUAAGAAAACCAUAUAAGUAAAAAUUAAUGUAUAUUUUUUAUUUAAAGAUUACUUGAUACAUAUUUAUGUGAAUUUCAAAUGUGAAAUUAUACAAGUGUGCAGCGAUAAAAUAUUUUUCUUGUAUGUAUUUUUGAUUUUACAGCAGAUUCAGUGAAGUUUGAUCGUGUUUAAUUUAUUUUAACAAAUGUAAAAAAGAAAAUAGAUAUAUAAAUUAAAGUUGAUAGUAAUACUGCAUAUUAUAUAGUUUCUAAAUAUAUUGUGAACAGUUCAAAAUUAAUUAAUUAUAUAUGUUUUUGAACUGACUAUGUUUUAUAGUAAAGUUGUUGUGUUUUU